AUGGAACCAGGAAACAAAACAAGUAGUUUAGAAUUCAUCCUCUUGGGGUUCUCAGAUGAGCCAGAACUUCAGCCCCUCCUCUUUGGACUGUUUCUGUCCAUGUACCUACUCACCUUCACUGGGAACCUGCUCAUCAUCCUGGUCAUCAUCACAGACUCUCACCUCCAUACACCCAUGUACUUUUUCCUCUCCAACCUCUCUGUUGCAGAUAUUUGUUUCACCUCCACCACUGUCCCGAAGAUGCUAUUGAAUAUUCAGAUGAAGAAUAAACUUAUCACCUAUGAAGACUGCAUCACUCAGUUGUAUUUUUUCUCACUUUUUGGAAGAUUAGAAAAUUUCCUCUUGACAGUGAUGGCCUAUGACCGUUUUGUGGCCAUCUGUCACCCACUGCACUACACAGUUAUCAUGAACCCCAAGAUCUGUGGUCUAAUGCUUCUGGCAUCCUGGUCAUUGAGUAUUCUGGACUCUCUAUUACAUAGCUUAAUGGUUUUGAGACUAACUUUUUGUACAGAAUUGGAAAUCUCCCAGUUUUUCUGUGAACUUAAUCAGAUAGUCCACCUUGCUUGCUCUGACACCUUCCUCAAUGACUUAGAGAUGUAUUUAGAAAUUGGACUUCUGGGAAUUAUUCCACUCACUGGGAUCCUUUAUUCUUACACUAAGAUUGUGUCCUCCAUUUUGAAGAUUGCAUCAGCUGGGGGAAAGUAUAAAGCCUUUUCUACUUGUGGAUCUCAUCUCUUAGUCAUUUCUUUGUUCUAUGGUACAGGUCUUGGAGUUUAUCUUAGCUCUACUGUUACUCAAAACUCCAGAGCCACUGCAAUAGCCUCAGUGACAUAUACUGUGGUCGCACCCAUGCUGAACCCUUUUAUUUACAGUCUUAGAAAUAAGGACAUAAAGCAGGGCCUAAGAAAACUUUUCAACUGA